GCCGCACGCGCGUUGCGCCUCCCGGGUUCAGUAUGUGGCGCGCACUCUUUCGGUUCUGUGUGCACCCUGCAAGGGACAGCAAGCUCUCAGGCCCUUGGGACAGGCCUGCCGCCUUCAUGUCCACUCUACUCAUCAAUCAGCCCCAGUAUUCCUGGCUGAAGGAGCUGGGGCUCCGCGAGGAGAACGAGGGCGUGUAUAAUGGAAGCUGGGGAGGCCGGGGAGAGGUUAUCACUACCUAUUGUCCUGCUAACAAUGAGCCAAUAGCAAGAGUCCGACAGGCCAGUGUGGCUGACUAUGAGGAAUCUGUAAAGAAAGCAAGAGAAGCAUGGAGAAUCUGGGCAGAAAUUCCUGCUCCAAAGCGAGGAGAAGUAGUGAGACAGAUUGGUGAUGCCUUGCGGGAGAAGAUCCAAGUACUGGGAAGCUUGGUGUCUUUGGAGAUGGGAAAAAUCUUAGUGGAAGGUGUGGGAGAAGUUCAAGAGUAUGUGGAUAUUUGCGAUUAUGCUGUUGGCUUAUCACGGAUGAUCGGGGGACCCAUUCUGCCUUCUGAAAUUGCUUUUUUUUUUUUUACUCUCUCAAGGAAAGGAGCUCCAACAACUUCUCUCAUUAGUGUUGCUGUCACAAAGAUAAUAGCCAAGGUUUUGGAGGACAACAAGCUGCCUGGUGCUAUUUGUUCCUUGACUUGUGGUGGAGCAGAUAUUGGCACAGCAAUGGCCAAAGAUGAACGGGUGAACCUGCUGUCCUUUACUGGGAGCACUCAGGUGGGAAAACAGGUGGCCCUUAUGGUGCAGGAGAGAUUUGGGAGAAGUUUGUUAGAACUUGGAGGAAACAAUGCCAUUAUUGCUUUUGAGGAUGCGGACCUCAGCUUGGUUGUUCCAUCAGCUCUCUUUGCUGCCGUGGGGACAGCUGGCCAGAGGUGUACCACUGCGAGGCGCCUGUUUUUACAUGAAAGUGUACAUGAUGAAGUUGUAAAUAGACUUAAAAAGGCCUAUGCACAGAUCCGGGUCGGGAACCCAUGGGACUCUAAUGUUCUCUAUGGACCACUCCACACCAAACAGGCAGUGAACAUGUUUCUUGGAGCAGUGGAGGCAGCAAAGAAGGAAGGCGGCACAGUGGUCUAUGGUGGCAAGGUUAUGGAUCGCCCUGGAAAUUAUGUAGAACCAACAAUCGUGACAGGUCUUGCCCAUGACGCAUCCAUUGCACACACAGAGACUUUUGCUCCGAUCCUUUAUGUCUUUAAAUUCAAGAAUGAAGAUGAGGUCUUUGCAUGGAACAACGAAGUAAAACAGGGACUUUCAAGUAGCAUCUUUACCAAGGAUUUGGGCAGAAUCUUCCGCUGGCUUGGACCAAAAGGAUCAGACUGUGGCAUUGUAAACGUCAAUAUUCCAACAAGUGGGGCUGAGAUCGGAGGUGCUUUCGGAGGAGAAAAGCACACUGGUGGUGGCAGGGAGUCUGGUAGUGAUGCCUGGAAACAGUACAUGAGAAGAUCUACGUGCACCAUCAACUACAGUAAGGACCUUCCUCUGGCCCAGGGAAUCAAGUUUCAGUAAAGGUGCUUUACAUUGACAUUAUUUCAAGUCGUUUAGGUGUUUUUACAUUCUUUCUUCUGAAGAAGACAAAGAAAAUUAAGAUUGGCCCUGAAUAAAUACAUCAUUUUGAAUAUGACAGUAGCUAAUCCCUUAUGCCUCCAAGGUCCUGACUAAAUCAAGAGACUCCUUUUUUAAAAAUAAAAUUGUCACGACAUAGUCAUGUUUAGUAAAAGAUAGAAUACAUGGAUUUUUACGUUACUAAUAGUUACUGAUGUUUUAGAAGUUUAUAAUUAUUUUAUGAUUUAGAAGAAAUAAUACAUACCAUGGUAGGAAUUUGGAAAUACACAGAACAUAAUAGAGAAGAGAGUAGAAAUCUUCUCAGUAGAUGCAGAAACGUCUCCUGAGCCAGUAAAGAAUUCGCUGGCGAGUGUUGAUUCACAUUACCCUCCUCUAGCCUGUGUUGGAAAGCGUGUGAUUGAAAGGGACUGUUUCCCUUAUGUAUAGGGGACCACAGCACAAUAUCCCUAUGGAAUGACUUGCUCUGUUUAAAAUGACGAAGUGCAUUCAUCACCAUUACAACUUCUCUUACUCAUGAUGGCGUGUGUCACCACAGAAGAAAUUUGUGGGGAGGACAUAGAUAUCACUCAUGCCCUAGAAGCUGCACCUGCCGAGGUCUCUGCCUGUGCAGAAUUCUACAGAAAGUGUAUCUGGAUUUCCUAUGCAGCGGUAGGCCAGUUUCUUUAGCUGUUAGGCUUCCGUGGUUGCCCUUAAAUUUAUGUAACCACAGUGUGCGUGGCAGCAUGUGGCAGAGUGAAUUGGGCUAAGUCCACUUUCUCUUUGCUGAGCGUCUGCUUCCUUCUCUUGAGAAGCUGCCUGGAAGCUCUUGGAGUGGUUCAGCCCAGGGCCCCUGUGGAGCUCACACUGGCUCUUGCACUUCUGUCUUCCUGGAAGUCUGCACUCCUCCAGCAGGUUGCAGCCGCCACUCCACUACUUCUGCCAGAUUGGUCUGGGGCAGAAGCCUUUGAAGACAAUGUUUAUGGAUGACCUGAUGUAUCAGGGUGUAUGGAGACAUUUGCACAACUGGCAAGGAGUUUGGGGUUGUUAUGUCAGAGAAGCAAGCAAAUGAAAAAACUAAGCAGUUAUAAAUUUAUCAGGAAUGGAAAGGCAUUUGAAUACAUUCCGUGGCCCAGCUGUGACUAGUGCUCACUGAGGUGUGCUGUUGUCAACCUUGAAUAUUAAGCCAGGUGCUGAUGAUACACCUUUUGAGAGUGUGUUGGCAGGAAAAAGUCAAGGGUUGAGAGUAGGUUCGAAAGGUGGACAAUUCUUCAUGUUUUGUGAUGGAAAAUCAAUAAUACCUAAAAUUACAAAAGUUAAAAUAGCAACAUAGGCUUAUAAAGAUAGGGAGGUAAAUUCUGAAAGAAUCAUUGCUUCGGGGGAGGACAAAUGGGGCGUGGGGCAUGGAGACAGGAUGGAUUGCUAUUUUUCAUAACUAGUUUUAUAGAGCUGUUUGAAAUUAUAAAUUACAUUUACAGUUUCUCUCCGAUUAGGUAUUUGAGGAGGCCCUCCAUCCUCCUAUGUAUCUGCUAAAGCCAUGACAUUGUGGUCAAUUUGGAAUAAUAAUAUCCAGUAUACUGGUGAGAAGGGGUGACUGCAACUCUCAUCUUAGGUAUAGAAAUCGAGUUAAACUGAUUCUGAAAGCUUUCUUUAAAACGACUUCAUAAUUUUUCUACAUAUUUCUAGCAACAUUUUUGUCAUAACGAUUAUUAAAAAAUUUUGUCUUUAAA